AUGGUUGAUGCAAUCUACUACCACCCAGGUGGGAAGCAAACCUAUGCCUUUGGCGGCCGGCGCUAUGCCCGCAUCGACUUUGUCCCCAGCGGCUCCGACGAGAAAAUCACCUUUGGCCCUGCUACAAUCAGCCAGUACUGGCCCUCGCUGAAGUCCAUCGGCUUCGGCAGCGUUGAAGCUGUCCUCCCAGUCCAAGGCAGCGAGGACGAGUCCUACUUCUUCUUCGGCGGCCGCGUCGCCCGCGUCAAAGUCAUUCCUUCUACCUCCAGCGAUACCGUUGUCGAGGGGCCUUCGGUCAUCACCAACAAAUGGAAGAGUCUCGGCCAAGCGGGAUUCGACACCAUUGACGCCGCACUUCCAGUACCCGGCAAGUCGGGCGAGGUGUACUUCUUCCGCGGCAUCAACUACGUCCGUGUCAAUGUCGACCAGGACAAGAUUGUCUAUGGUCCCGCUGCACUGGCCAAGGAGUGGCCUGGUUUGACCUCCGCGGGCUUCGAUUCCGUCGAUGCCGCUUUUGCGCAGCCUGGUAGCUCUGAUGUCGCGUACUUUUUCAAAGGCGACCGGUACGUCAAGAUCAGAGUGAUUGCGUCCGCGCCGGAUGAGGUCACGUACGGGCCUAAGCUCAUCGCCGAUCACUGGAAGACGCUCGACUGGACUUAG